GAAAACUGAGACCCAUUUCCAUCCCCAAUUCAUUAAAAGUUUGGGCACCAAUUUUCUUGCUAUCUCAGUUCUCAUCUACACAAUCCCCAUUUUGGCACUCACAAUCCGGCCAUAGUCUACAGUGUCGACGCCUCUAAUUUGGCCGCACCUUCAUUCCAAUUUCGGCAAUUCCAGAUAGAUACGUUAGCUCCGUUAGUGUGCAACAGCGGCACCUUCAGAUUGGGUGCCUUCCUUCUGACCAUUCGCCAAUCGUUGCUUCGAAAUUAUGACAAAAGAAGGAAAGAAAUUUUGGAUGACGUCGAAGCAGUUAUGUUGGUGGAGUCCGAUGACGAGAGUGAUCAUAACAGUACAAAAUUACAAGGUGAUGACGGAAUAGGAGGGGAUGGUGUGAUUGUGACUGUGCCUCUGCCUGAGGUGAACAUGAAGUUUAAGGAAGAAAAUGAAAUUUUUGAUUUUUAUAAAAGGUAUGCAUAUGACAUGGGUUUUCUAGUGAGAAAACGAAAUUCGAAAAGGGACAAUGAUGGAGUUUUGCGAUAUGUUACUUACGUUUGCAGCCGCAAAGGGCAAAAAAUCAAUAAUACAAGCGUUUCUUUGAAGCCACACGCUACCAUUCAAAGUGGAUGUAAAGCCAGGCUUACAACAUGCUCAGAUAUUCGUAGAAUAUGGCAAAUUAACACAGUACACUUGGACCACAACCAUAAAAAAAGUCCUUCGAAAUCCAGAUUGUACAGAUGCAAUAGAGAAUUAAGUGCGCAGGUGAAACGUCGUCUUGAAAUAAAUGACAUUGUAGGAAUACCGCCACACAAAAGUUUCAAUUCUACAAUUGUGGAAGCAGGUAGUUAUGAAAACAUGACCUGCAUUGAGAAUGACUAUCAAAAUUAUAUUGAACAAGUUAGGCGGCUAAGACUUAGCGAAGUUGUUACCACAACAAUACAGUCAUGCUUUUCGACUAUGCAAGCACAGUGCUCAGGGUUCUACUUCAGUAUUGAUUUGGAUGAGGAGUCACGUCUGAAAAAUGUUUUUUGGGCAGAUAAUAGGAGUCGGCAGGCAUGUAUGGAAUUUGGUGAUAUUGUCACAUUCGAUACUACAUACCUAACGAACAAGUAUGAUAUGCCGUUUGCCCUUUUUGUUGGAGUGAACCAUCACAAACAGACUAAUCUCCUCGGAUGUGGUCUCAUAUCGAACAAGGAUACUGAUACAUUUGUGUGGCUUUUUCGAACAUGGCUGCAGUGCAUGAACGGCCAAGCUCCUAAUGGGAUAAUUACUGAUUAAGAUAGGGCAAUGCAGAACGCAAUCCAGAUCGUGUUUCCCGAUAAGAAGCAUAGGUGGUGUCUUUGACACAUAUUGAAAAAAUUGCAUUUCACUUUGACAAAGCUUCGAUAUUCUCUGUUAUACACGAAUUGGUUUAUGAUUCUCAAUUUGUUCAAGAAUUCGAAGAAGGUUGGCUAGCGAUGAUAGAAACGUAUAAUUUGCAAGACAAUGAACGGUUAUCAUGUCUUUAUGAUAAUAGAUCUCGUUGGGUUCCUUGCUUUUUGCGGACUACUUUCUGGUCGGAGAUGUCAACAACUCAAAGAAGUGAGAGUAUUAAUACAUUUUUCGAUGGGUAUGUUCAUUCAAAGACCUCGUUGAAGCAAUUCGUCAAACAGUACGAAAGAGCAUUGAGAAGUAAAGUUGAGAAAGAGUUUCAAGUAGAUUUCAAAUCGUUCUCACAAAUGGUACCUAGCCGACUAGGUAUGAAAUGGAGAAACAAUUUCAGGCAGUAUACAUAAUUUCGAAGUUCAAGGAAGUUCAAGAGGAGUUCGUUGGCAAAGUUUAUUGCGAUCUCAUCUCUGUUAGCGAGGGAUUUUUGGGGACGAUGUAUGAGGUACACGAAGACGUUAUACAUGACCAUCAUUGUACCCAAAAAAAUCUUGGUCUCAUUAUCUAGUGACAAAUGUGAAGUUAUUUGCAGAUGCCACUUAUUAAAGUUUUGAGGAAUCCUAUGCAAGCAUGCAAUCACGAUACUGAUAUGCAAUGGAGUGAAAUUAUUGGUAGAUAAAUACAUUUUAUGGAGAUGGCGGAGAGAUGUUAUCAGAUCCUACACGAGAGUUGCAGUGAACUAUGACGAGUUGGUUAGUACCCCAGCACAGUUGAUGUACGAUAAGAUGGUUAAAGCAUUUGCUACAUUAAACAUCACUUGUGAUGAUGAUGUAAAAGGUAGUUCAAUAUUGGACUGGAUUGAAUCUCAGUGCAAACCAAAGGAUGCGUCCAAGUCCAAUUGUGGGAGUAAUGUCUUGUCUAGUUAUAGUACUCGUAUAGCGUCGUAUGAUAUCGCAUCACAAGAUACUGGCAGUGGCUGCAUUCAGGAUCCAAAAGGGGUGAAGAGAAAGGGUGCUCCUAGAAAAUUUCGCAAGAAGUCCCCGUUGGAAUUGAGUUCAAAUAAAAUGACGGCGGGUGGCAUUACACCCAAAGGGAAAAAAUCCAAGGCACGCCAAAGUAAUCCUGGAGUUGGUGCAACCGUGUUUCAGACAACCUAACAAUCACAACUCUAGGAAAUGCCAAUACCGUUAUCAUAUUCACAGCUCGUAAUGGGUGCGACCCAGAGCGUUGGGUUCUCACAACACUUACAACCGUCUUUUUCCAUUCACCCAGAUGGUCAAGUUACUCAAGUGAAGAAUGUAGCUGGGAAAUCAACAAAUAGGAACCUGCACUACUUAUUUACACUGUGCACCAGAUUGGCGUCUCAUGAAUUUUGUGAAGGCAGAGCAACAUAUUUUUCCCCUUUUGUUCAAGAACAGUUCAUAUUGAAAUUACCAAAACUAAGGGAACAUUCUGUAGUUAAAUUUUGAAGGAAAUAGUGGAUGUGUAUUCACAGGCAUGGAUAUGGAUGCUACGUGCUUAAUUGGCUAUUAAAUCAUUUCUGUUUA